AUGGGUCUUGCUUCUUUGUCAAUGGAGAAUCACCAUCCAUCCACGCUCUUGUCAAUGGACUCAAGUGCAUCUUCUCAUGAGGAACUCGAAUUGGAGAUGAAUCGCCAAAUCAUACUCUCUCGUCCCCCCGAUAUCAACCUGCCUCUCUCCGCCGAGCGCAGCCCCCCGCAGCCGUGGAAUUCUGAGCCUUGUGAUAUUCUUGAUGUUGGUCUUGGCACUCAAGGGUAUGAGACUGAGAGUUUUAUCAAUCUGCCCAAAGUUGGAAGGAAGUGCGCGAAGCGCGUUGAUAGCAUAUGGGGUGCUUGGUUUUUCUUUAGUUUUUACUUUAAGCCUUCUUUGAAUGAUAAGUCUAAGGCCAAGAUUGUCAGGGACAGCAACGGUGUUUCAGGGUUCGAUAAAUCUGAUCUGAAGCUUGAUGUUUUCAUGGUUCAACAUGACAUGGAAAACAUGUACAUGUGGGUUUUCAAGGAGAGGCCUGAGAAUGCUUUGGGUAAGAUGCAGCUGAGGAGUUACAUGAAUGGGCAUUCCCGUCAAGGGGAGCGCCCGUUUCCCUUCAGUGUUGACAAGGGUUUUGCUCGGUCCCACCGGAUGCAGCGAAAGCAUUACAGAGGAUUGUCAAACCCUCAGUGUGUGCAUGGCAUUGAGGUUGUUUCCGCACCAAAUCUGAUGACCCUGGACGAGGACGAUAGAAAACGGUGGAUAGAACUCACUGGUCGAGAUUUGAAUUUCACAAUCCCUCCGGAAGCAAGUGAUUUCAGUUCAUGGAGAAAUCUUCCCAACACAGAUUUUGAACUGGAGAGACCAGCUCCCCCAAUCAAGAAUGGUCCUAAUUCACACCCGAAGAAGCUGCUUAAUGGAUCUGGACUGAAUUUGUCAACUCAUCUAUCCAAUCACAGUAAUGGUGAUGGGUUGGACCUCUCUCCUGUCAGCAGCAAAAAGAGGAAGGACUUUUUUCCUCAUGGAAAUGAAGAAGAAUGUUACCUGGCUGUUAAUCCUCCGUCUGAUCGUAUUCCGGAUAUAGAAAUGCACCCAAGUGAGCCACACUGGUUGAAUGACUUUAGCGGGGUGAUAAAGAGUGUUUAUGGACCUGUUACUGCUGCAAAAACUAUUUAUGAGGAUGAACAAGGUUACUUAAUUAUCAUCAGUCUGUCUUUUGUGGAUCUUGCAAGUGUGAAAGUUUCUUGGAGGAACACUCUGACUCACGGUAUCAUAAAGGUUUCCUGUAUGAGCACAUCUCGAAAACCUUUCAUCAAAAGACACGACAGGACAUUCAAACUUACAGAUCCGUCGUCAGAGCACUGCCCUCCUGGAGAAUUUGUCCGAGAAAUCCCUCUCUCAACCCGAAUUCCUGAAGAUGCCAACAUAGAAGCAUACUAUGAUGGGCCGGGAUCAGUGCUUGAGAUCUUGGUGCCAAAACAUCGCGUUGGACCCGAAGAGCAUGAAGUCCGUGUUUGCCUCCGCCCUCAUCUGGGAGGGAAUGAUCUUAAGUUAACAUGA